UGUAAGCAUCACGAAUUGUCUGCAAUGGCUCGUACAAAGCAAACUGCUCGUAAAUCUACUGGAGGAAAGGCGCCCAGGAAGCAGCUCGCCACUAAGGCAGCUCGUAAGAGCGCCCCUGCUACUGGAGGAGUUAAGAAGCCCCACAGAUAUCGCCCAGGAACCGUCGCCCUGCGUGAAAUUCGUCGUUUCCAGAAGAGCACUGAACUGUUGAUCCGCAAGCUACCAUUUCAGCGAUUGGUGCGUGAAAUUGCGCAAGAUUUCAAGACCGACUUGCGAUUCCAGAGCUCUGCUGUUAUGGCUCUUCAGGAGGCCAGCGAAGCCUAUCUCGUUGGUCUCUUUGAAGACACGAACCUGUGUGCUAUCCACGCUAAGCGAGUCACCAUCAUGCCCAAGGACAUUCAACUAGCUCGUCGUAUCCGCGGCGAACGUGCCUAAUUCAUCGAGCCUUCAACCUCUCCAACCAAACGGCCCUUUUCAGGGCCACAAAUUU